AUGCGUCGCUACAGACGUUUGAGCUUCUGUAGUAUAGAGCGAUUUGAGCUAACAAAAUUUAGUGGAAAGACAAACUCAGCUUUAAAUUUGUGUCCUAUAAGCAACUUGCUUGCUUAUUGGCUGCUGGAAUCUGACGAAAAUCCAAAUCCUCCCUAUCAUACUUCGUACAAUAUGGUGAAGACGCUCAACUUGGGUCUCUUUGGGUGUGGCACUGUAGGUGCGGGCGUAUUUAAUCUUCUCCACAACCCCACCCGUCGUCAAAAGCUUGCAGCCAUGGGCGUGAAUGCGCUAGUGUCCAAGAUAUGCGUGCAAAACUUGAGCAAAGAUCGUGGACUCGAGCAUUUUUCAGCUUCGGAGACAACACUCACAAGUAACUAUAGCGACAUUCUUGAGGACAAGAACAUCAACUGCAUCGUAGAACUUAUGGGUGGCGUCGAGGACGCCAAAAAAGUAGUUUUUGGCGCAAUUAAGGCCGGCAAGCACGUGAUCACGGCAAAUAAAGCACUUGUGGCCGGUUUUAUGCCUGAAAUUGUGCAGCUCCUUCAAGACUAUCCGAAUGUGCAUUUUGGGUACGAAGCUGCAGUGGCCGGUGGCAUUCCUAUCAUUCACACACUUCAAAAUGCCUAUAAUGCCGAUACAAUCACUGAAAUCGCUGGUAUCAUGAACGGCACGACCAACUACAUGCUGUCCAAGAUGGAAGCCGAAGGCGUUGCAUAUGAUGAAGUACUUAAAGAAGCACAAGAUCUAGGAUUUGCUGAGGCAAACCCUAGUGCCGACGUGGAUGGAUUCGAUGUUCAAUCUAAGAUUGCCAUUUUGGCCAAAUUAGGAUUUGGAGGCAUCAUCAAACCAGCUGACAUUCCGACUGUUGGCAUCUCUCGCGUGUCUGCAGCAGAUUUCGAGUAUGCCAAGAUGAUGGACAGUACGAUCAAAUUAUUGGGUGUAGCUAAAUUGCUUAAGCCAGCGGACAAAGAGACUGGUAAAGCUCAAGAAGUGACUGUGUAUGUGUCACCAGUUGUUGUCAAACGGAGCAAUGUGAUUGCUAGUAUCAGUGGUGCAACUAAUCUCGUGAACGUUCGAUCGAGUAACUUGGAAAAUAGUGCGUACGUUGGCCCUGGUGCCGGACGCUACCCGACGGCUAACUCUGUUCUGAACGACAUUAUUCAAUUAGCACGUGAUAAUGCUCCUCACGAUCCGUUCAAGGCGUCUGUACCGCUAACUCUGCAACCUGACUACGAAUCUCACUUUUACGUCCGCAUAACAAUUACUGACUGUCUAGGCGUGAUUCGUCAUGUCGGUCAACUUGCUGAAGAAAGUGGUGUUUCUAUCUACUCAAUCUUGCAAGCUCCAAUUGUCGACCGUGCAAACGUUCAAUUUGUCGUCACGACUGAGAUUGCGCUUUUGUCCAAAGUGCGAUCUAUGUGCCAGAGGAUUGCUGCGCUGCCGUUUGUACAGGAAGAGCCAUUGUACCUGCCGAUUAUGUGA